UUUCUUCCUCCUCCUACUCAUUUAUUCGAAAGCCUGAUGAGGUGCUGGACCAGUUUCUACACAAAUCGAGGAUUUCGAUACUACCUUUCCUGUCGUCUCUCCAUUAUCAUGUCCAGAUGCUCGUUCCUUUCGUCUUCGAACUGUGAACACCACCUCUUUACAUGUUCUUCGUGCCUUUUGUCCUCAGACUUCAGUGUUGUCUACGUCGCUUUGGCUACUCAGCCUAGUCCUCAUUACAGGAGGGACAGGUAAUUCGUCAUUGAGCUCUCAGGACCCUCGGUUAGCAGAAAUUUUUCGAGGUCGAAUUUUGUACGCGCUUCAGCUCGAAUUCAAUGGGGUUUUCAUAUGAUCAUCAUAAAACAGACGAGCUCAGGUGCCCAAUCCGCAUAUCAAAUAUC